CCGCCGCGCCGCCAUGUUGGCCCAGGGCGGAAGUUGUGGUGGGCGGCGCAGGCCGCUGCCGUGUCCGUGGGAUGAGCCAGCUGCCGCCCGGCGCCGUGCUGGCACUCAUGGGGCUGCUCUUCGCCAGGACCAUGGCCUGGACAUCCAGCGGGAAAACGCACGCGGAGCUGGUCAACAACCUCUACAAAAAAGGGAUCAUUAAGUCCCAGCGAGUCUUCGAUGUGCUGUUGGCUACGGACAGAGGUCACUACAUCAAGUAUUUCCCAUACAUGGAUUCUCCUCAAUCCAUUGGCUACAAGGCUACGAUCAGUGCCCCGCACAUGCACGCCCACGCGCUGGAGCUGCUCAAGGAUCAGCUGGUGGAAGGUGCCAAGGCGCUGGAUGUGGGAUCUGGGAGUGGAUACCUCACCGCAUGCUUCGCCAGGAUGAUUGGCCCGACGGGAAAAGCUGUGGGUGUGGAGCACAUCAAGGAGCUGGUGCACGAAUCCAUCCGGAACGUCCAAGAGGAUGAUCCGACGCUGCUCAGCUCCGGCCGUGUGAAGCUUGUGGUUGGAGACGGCAGGCAGGGAUACCCUGAGGAAGCUCCUUACGAUGCCAUCCAUGUGGGAGCGGCCGCAGCCACCGUCCCCAAGGAGCUGCUGAAGGAGCUGAAGCCGGGCGGGCGGCUGAUCGUGCCCGUGGGGCCCGAGGGAGCGAACCAGGUGCUGAUGCAGUACGACAAGACCAGCGAUGGGCACAUCAUCGAGACCCAGCUCAUGGGCGUCAUCUACGUCCCUCUCACAGACAAGGAAAAGCAGUGGCCUCGGGAUGACCUCUGACACAUGGAUGGAUAUCUCUAAAGGCACCUCUGAAAGCUCAUGAGUGAGACUUAGGCCAGUAGAUGGUCAGUAUGGUUUUGCUUUUUAAUGGAAAUUUCGUCAAUGGAUAAAGGGAAGUUCUGCUUCAGAGGAGCUCAUUCCGGAGGGAUGGAGAACAGGGGCAGGACCAGGGGAGUCUCUUGGAGGCUGUGGCAGCUUCCAGAGAGCAGAUCCAGACAACUCCAGCUAUCCUCUCUGAUAAACUCUAGGUAACAUCAGUUCACAGAGAAUUCUGAAAGCAGACAGGAAUACUUAAAGCUUCACUAAAACCACUUUAAUAUCAACUACUCUGCUUAAUGCUUGGCAAAAAUAAGUCACAAUUAGUGUCUCGGAGCAGCAGUGUACCCUGAUUUGUCAAUGGUUUUAAAUAUGGGAGCGUGUUCUCUUCCUGCCUGCACCGACUAAUUUAAUAAUGGGCAGCAACACUGGAUUUUGAGGUUAUGAAAAAUGCUUGUUUCUUGGAGUUGUUUUUUUCCUGUUUGGCGUUUUGAGAAAUGCGCAUUUCUUUUCCCUCUUUGGGGCUAUGAAAAACGCGCUUUACUUGGUUUUUCUGAUUGGGGUUACAAAAAAAUGCUCACGUUUUGGCUUUUCCCUGACGUGUCCCUCCCGCAGGCGGUGGCUGAGGAGGCUCACGAGGGGCAGGCGGGCUGCGGUGAUGCUCGAGGGUCAUUUGUGGAGCAGUUCUGAGGGGGGAGCUGCUCGGAGGUAAAUAAAUAAAGGCAUUCUCGCUCCUC